AUGAUAAGGAGAGGCUUCCAGGUGGCAGCAAGACUUGGCCACCACAGAGCUCCUCUUGGGGCCCCUGGUAUCCUGCCCAGGGUCGCCCCGGCCUCUGCAUUUGGAUCCUCCACAGACUCCCUGGUCUCAAGAUUUUGUCCAGAGAAGACAGACUUGAAGGAUUAUGCCCUUCCCAAUGCCACCUGGUGUCCAGACAUGCUGAGCUUAUACCAUGAAUUUCUGGAGAAGACCAAAUCCGGUGGCUGGAUCAAACUGCCCUCCUUCAAAUCCAACAGAGACCACAUCCAGGGACUCAAGCUCCCAUCUGGGUUGGUAGCUACUUCAGACAAAAGUGACUGGCGCAUCUUCACCAGGUGCAUCCAAGUAGAAGGACAAGGCUACGAGUAUGUCAUCUUUUUCCAGCCAUCCAAAAAGAAGUCCAUCUGUCUUUUCCAACCAGGCCCCUACCUGGAGGGGGCUCCAGGAUUUGCCCACGGAGGGUCUCUGGCAGCCAUGAUGGACGAGACCUUUUCUAAAACUGCCUACCUGGCUGGAGAGGGGCUGUUCACACUAAGCCUCAACAUCAGAUUUAAAAACUUGAUCCCUGUAGGCUCUCUGGCUGUACUGAAUGUUGAAGUAGAAAAGAUCGAGGACCAGAAGCUUUACAUGUCCUGCAUCACCCAGAGCAGAGACCAGCAGACAGUCUAUGCCAAGUCCUCAGGUGUUUUCCUUCAGCUGCAGCUGGAAGAAGAGUCAUCCCAAUAACAGUCACUAUACCUUCCAGAGGGCCUACCGCCGGCUGCCCUGCCUGCCUGGGACCUGCCACAGAGCAGGGAGGGGUCCCCAGCAGGCAACUGGAAAAGUGAGGGAAAGGGUACUUUCCUCUGAGUGAAUAAAGUCUCACAGCCCCAUUCUCA